AUGAACGACGACACAACAUUCUACGACUUCGCUGAAUUCCUCCAAUCAUCCCCCACCAGAGGUAGUGCCAGCUCAGCAUCUGAGACUACCGGUUUGUCCUUCUGGGAUCCCGCAUUCACUGGCACUCCCGCAACGUCGCCACCAAAUAGUGAGAGGCUCAUGUCCAGUCGAUCCGCAAUUGAUAUCACCACAACAGUAGACCUGACUUCACCAGUGACCCUGUCCUUCAACAAAGGCGCCAAGUUAUUCAAGCUAAGAUACACCAAGAUCGAUGUCUGUAGGGAUAACGCAGGUACUCUAAGGUGCAUUGAGCUUAGUGAUCCAGUCUCGCUAUCUGGUGUUUUCAUACACACAUUUGUCAGCACGAAGAGACCAAUACCACACCUUGAACAGCCAGCGACAUUAGCACAGAAAUCUCUCAGGGUGUCCUUUCUCGACGAGCAGACGGUUCAGGUAGCGCAGACCUUAUUUAAUACACAGCCUCGCUAUACUUUUGAGAGAACUAGUGAUUGUGACCGGUUUCAGGAGGCGGUCCUUGGUUUCGCAGUCAUUUUCGCGGCAGGUGUGGCAGAAAUAUCGUCCAAGGGUCGUGGAGAGGAAGCCAUCAGCCAGAAUAUCAGAGUCUGCCGACAGAAGAACGGCAGUUUAAACCUCUUGUUCUUCGCCAAUUCUCAAAGGAAGGAGAAGAAGCGAUAUCUUUCCGUCCCAGUCGAUGCAAUUGACAGUCUCGAGGUGCCUAAGAAAAUGUCAAAGCCUGUCAUUUUUCGGUUAGCCACGAGCAACGACAUAACGGCACAGAUGAAAACGCUGAGCAUUGUCCUCCUCGAUGGUAACGAUGUGAAACGUUUGUGUACCUUGCUGCAAGCGUCUGGGGUCAAAAUUUCCGGGCAUCGAUGA